AUAAUCAAAAUAGAUAAAACAGUUACUUUAAGAGUUUCUCCAUCGCAAAAACCAUCUGAGCUCAAACAUUCAUUACUUACUUAGUGAAAACAUGAUUAGCAUCCCAAACCCGUUCGAGAACCCCAAUUUAAUGCCCAGUCCAAAUAAUGAAGCAUUUCAGAAGGUUGCAUAAAAUCUCUUAAACUUUUCGCUCAAACAACAGCAGUUUUUGGCAGAAACGAAGUCAAAAGCGCUUUUUUUGGGGGCGAAAAAGGUCAAGAUUCCUCCGAUGUUAUCGAAAACAAACAACAAAGUGUUUGAUUCAACGCUUUAAUUCUGCAUGGCAAUCCAGGCCAGUGAUAAAUCAGUGUUUGGACAGAUUCCAGUUGCACAGAGAUUGUUUGCGAUUUACCAUGGCCGAAGAAGGCGACGUCCUAAUCGAACUCACCGACAUCCAGUUAAAACAACUGGCAGCAAUUUACGGAAAAUUACGAAACCAACUUCCCCAUUUGCACAGUUUUUUCCAUAUUUGUCUGCGAUCUAAAGCGCUGGGAAUGCUGGAUUUUGUCCACGUUUACUCACCUGGAGGAUGCUGGCAGGAGGAUGGCACUUUCAUUGCAUCCAUGCCGAUACAUUCCCAUGACAUAGUGUUUCACAGUUUGGACCCGUCGGGGACCAAUCUCAUAGAGGGUUUCAGGAAGACGAAAAAGUUCAAAUUCCUCAAGGAUCCUGCUAGAGACUACACCUACCUGUACGGGGUUCAUGAGAUGUUUUGCUCGAAAAUCCUGCAACUUUUCACUGAAGAUCUUCAACAUGAAGUGAGUUACAACCACGCCUUCCACCUAUACAGGCUGGACAUGGAAAAGGCCUUACAAAGCGAGUUUCGUGUCCCGGACGAAGUCUAUAUAACGGCUCUGGAGCCUCAAGAUCUUCCAGCUGUAGUCAAGGCAUGGCCAUUCAGCUUCCCUGCAGCUGAGCAGAAGCUGCAGGACUGCCUGAAGCUGAGCGUCGGAUUCGUGGUUCGACUCAAAUCAACCGACGAAAUGGUUUCUUGGGUAACUUCUUCUUGCUACGUUUCAGGCCAAAUGGCUGCCCUUCAAACAGCUGUGCAGCACCAACAAAAAGGAUACGCUCAAUUAGCAGUUAGGGAAUUCUCGCGUUAUUUAGCAAAUAACGGUUUUGAUACUUGCGGAACGGUGGUAGCUGGAAAUGUGCCUUGCGAACGGAUGCUGGAGGGUUUGGGCUUUGAAAAGCUGUUAAAAUGCCGGUUUAUUGCCAUCCGAAAUAAGUAUUAGAUCCCACAUAGCAAAAUGAUGUUCCCAGAAUAUACCUGGAACGUUCAUGUGAUGUACAUGCAUAUUCCUGGGACAUACAUGAGUUACAUUAUGAACGUUCCAUGAUGUCCCAGGAAUCUGUCAGAGUUAAUACACUGUAUGUUCAUGGUAUG